CUCGGCCCGACAUUUUAUGGUUCUGUUUGGAUGCUCCAAGGGUAUCAGUGUGCUGCUGGCUUGGCAACCUCCCCUUCGUCGUUGCAGGGGCUCCGGUCGCGGGCGGAAAGCAGUGGAGCAGAGGAGCAGAGUUUUCCGAGCAUUGCAUUCUGGCACCAUAGCUGCAUCUGCUGGACACUGAGCACGCUGCCGCCGCCGCCGCUAUCGCCAUGAGGGCCCUACUCCCUAUCGUUGCCCUUCUCGGGUGUUUCUCGGUCGUUGCGGCGACGGUUGCUUUCGAGGAGAGAUUCGAUGACACAUGGGACAAGCGCUGGGUUGUUUCGAGUUGGAAGAAAAGUGAGGGCACUGCUGGUCAGUGGAAACACACUGCCGGCAAGUGGUAUGGAGACCCUGAGGAGGACAAAGGUAUCCAGACUACGCCGGACGCUCGGUUUUUCGCGAUUUCGGCCGGUUUCCCCGAAUUUAGCAAUAAGGGGAAGACACUUGUUCUUCAGUUCUCGGUAAAGCAUGAGCAGGAUAUUGACUGCGGGGGUGGUUACGUUAAGCUCCUUCCCGAUGGGGGUGAUAUGGCUAGCUUCGGAGGCGAUACGCCAUACAGCAUCAUGUUCGGGCCAGACAUCUGCGGCUCGUCGACGAAAAGGGUCCACGCUAUUAUCACCUAUAAGGGGAAGAAUCACCUGAUCAAAAAGGACGUGAAGUGCGAGACCGAUCAGUUGACACAUGUCUAUACUUUCAUCAUUCGACCAGAUAACACAUACAGCAUCCUGAUUGACAAUGUGGAGAAGUCUUCCGGCAGCUUGUAUGAUGACUGGGACUUCCUGCCGCCAUCCAAGAUCAAGGACCCGUCCGCUAAGAAGCCAGAGGACUGGGUGGAUGAAGAGUACAUGGACGAUCCCGAAGAUAAGAAGCCUGAGGGAUGGGAUGACAUUCCGAAGGAGAUUGUGGAUCCAGAGGCAACGAAGCCGGAGGACUGGGAUGAGAGCGAGGAUGGAGAGUGGGAGGCUCCUAGAAUCCCGAAUCCCGACUACAAGGGCGAGUGGACUCCCAAGAGGAUCAAGAAUCCUGCUUACAAGGGCAAAUGGUCGGCGCCUUUGAUCGAGAACCCUGACUUUGUCAACGACAGUGAGGUUUACGUGCUCCCGCCAUUGAAGUAUGUCGGCAUAGAGCUCUGGCAGGUGAAAUCAGGCACUAUCUUUGACAAUAUUCUCGUCACUGAUGAUGCCGACUACGCCAAGAAGUUUGCUGAGGAUACGUGGGGCAAGAACAAGGAUGGUGAGAAGAAGAUGUAUGAUGAGGACAAGAAGGCCGAGGAAGAGAAACUCGAGGAGGAGAGAAAGCGCAUCGCUGAGGAAAGUAAGAAUGACGAUGAUGAGGAUGAUGAGGAUGGCGCCUCAGUGGAGGAGCCUACGGCGGAUUUACCAGAAGAAGGGGUGGAGGAGGAUUCUGCUGCUGAUAAGGAAGAUGAGCCUCCAGAGAUCGAGGAGGUGGCCAAGGAGGCGGAGAAGGACGAGCUUUGAAGUACUCUGCUCAGAGAGUUGAACUAGGAUACAAUUUUGUACUGGAGUCAGCAUUGGUAUGAUGCUUGUGGAGGGUCCUGGGGAAUUCGUGAACGUAGGUUCAGUGCCUCUCUGAGGCAUGUAGGAGCAGUGCCUUCUCAUUUCAGGUAGACCGAGUAUAGGAGUCUAUGUUGCUGCGUAUGCGAUUCUGGGUAAGAGACGCCAAUUGGAAACGACUUGGGGGGAAGUGUAUAAAACGGGCUGCAGUCUACGUUUGGGAAGGAUUAUUGUGAACGUCGUCGUCUCAUUUUUUUUUCCCCUUAUUAUGUAGAAUCGGAUGGUGAUGGUUUGUCAUUGGCGGAGCUUUGCAAUGGACGAAGGAUGACGUGGACGGAAACCUGGGUGUGGUCCUGUCUUUUUUAAUUUGACCGUCUCUUGCGUUCUGCAUGUUUCCUCGUCCGUGACUCGUUUGAUUAAUCUGUGUGUGGAUUUGUAUCUUCUGGAAGUGUCUUCAUGCUCAACAUUUAUCGUAGCUGCUAGUUGUCCGCGCUGUUGGUUUGAGCUGUGUCCUGUCCUUGUGACCUUUUUUCCAAUGACCAAUUGGUGCUCGAACCCGUUAAUUAACCCUUUGAAAGCGCCAGUACACGGCCACAGCCUUGCUGAAAAGGAAUUCGUUGCCUAUCCGGAAAAAGUCGGUGGCCGCACACUGUCAAUAAAAGAAAUUGGCGGCCGCCGUUGCUUUUCAGGCUCUGACAUGGCCCUGCUGGCGAUGUGAGGCGUGGACUGGUGGUUGGACCUUGGUAUGAUGAUGCACGGUUGAAUUACUUGGUAUGGUGUUUGAGGGAAUGCUUAUUUUUUUAGCAAUUGCAUCUCUUCUUGGAAUCAAAGUGGCACAGUGGU